AUGAAGACGCUCUCGAGAGACCUGCGCACCUAUGGGAGCGGCAAUCGCCGCCGCCCUCUGCUGCGAUAUGAGCCAAACCUCGUGAAGGUCCCGGGUUCGAUGCUUCACAAGUUUGAACUUUUGCAUUGCGAUGCGGAGACGAAGCAGUUUCUCGAGGAGGCGGCCGGCUUCUCACUGUGGAAGCUCUUCGCCAGCCAUUUACUGCGCGCCUUUGUACGGCACCACGCAAAUGGUCUGCUCGGUCGCGGCGGCAUGUUUGUUGUCUCGACGGAGCAGGCGCGCCAGUUGCUGCGUCGGCAAGAGACAGCGCGGCGUCUCUGCAUUUUUGGUUCGUUACUGGACAUUGGCGCCGGCGAUGGAGGCGUCACCGCGAAGUUGCAGCCGUUUUUUGACCGCAUUUUCGCCACGGAAUAUUCCGCCACGAUGCGGUGGCGGCUCUGGCGGCGCGGGUUCGAAGUGCUCAAUCACGAGGAUCCCUUCCGCGACCCGCAGACGAAGGAGCGGAGGGUCUUUGACGUCAUCACCUGCCUCAACGUGCUGGAUCGCGAUUUGCCGCUCACACUUCUGCGGGACAUGCGAGACUCGCUGGAGCCAGAGAAAGGACUUCUCCUUCUCGCGGUGGUGCUGCCCUGGUGUCCUUUUGUCGAGUUCAACAGUCAGCAGCGGCGGCCGCGAGAGUUGCUGCCCAUGCGGGGCGGUCAGUGCUGCAAAGGCGCGAGUUUUGAGGAUUCCCUCUCCACGCUGGUGGAGAACGUUUUGGAGCCGGUUGGCUUCGAGUUGGUCCGGUGGACGCGGCUGCCAUACCUGUGUGAGGGCAAUCUGAGGUUAGAGUAUGCCCUCCUCCACGAUGCGGUGUUUGUGCUGAAGCGCAAGCCGCCGGGCACGUUCAAGGACACCGCGACCCUCGCGCCUGCAAGUGACUACGCCUGA